AUGGUGAAACGUGAGACAGUGAUGGAGCAUGAUGAGCCUAAUGCAGAUAUAUUCCCUGCAGAUGAUGCGUAUGCUAUGUUCUUGGGGGUGGGAACACCAGUGCAAAUUGUGUUCCUUAUGAUUGACACAGGGAGCCCCAUCACGUGGUUCCAGUGCGGCCCCUGCACCCACUGCUACCCCAUGCGCCGCCCUCUCUUCAACCCACCUGCAUCAACCUCCUUCAGACAACUUGGCUGCUACGACGACACGUGUCUCAUUCCAAUGAUGAGGAGUAUUUUUGGAAACUGCAAAGGAUGGAAUUGUAGAUACAAUGUAGAAUAUGACAUGAAAUCUCAAUCUCGUUCCUUUGGUGUCAUGGUCACUGACACCCUUAACUUUGAGCACUCUAAUGUUGAAGUCAAGGACUUCGUAAUGGGGUGUGGGAACUCUUAUGAGGGUCCCUUUAGGACUCAGUUUUCGGGAGUUUUAGGUCUCGGACGAGGUCCACUUUCAAUCCAAAAUCAGCUUCAUUCGAAGGCCUUUUCCUUUUGCAUAGUGAGUCUUGGAUCGGAGAAACCUUCCUCUCUUGUGUUUUAUGAGACAUUACCCAAACAACGUGGUAAUACUAACACAUCCAUUAUGGUUCCCUUGAGAGAGAACAGUAGAUACCCUUUCUAUUACUUUGUGCAGUUUGUGGGAAUAAGCAUUAACGGAUUCAUGUUAGAUAUUCCAUCUAGUGUUUGGGGUUAUGGCUUGAACUACGAUGGUGGGGUUAUUAUAGACGCGGGAAAAGUGCUAACCUAUUUGCCUAGUGAAGCGUACAAUAUAUUCAGGUCAGAGAUACUGAGAACAGAUGGUAAUUUUACAAAGAAACGAUACAAGGAGUUAGAGUUUUGUUACGUAGAAAGUCCUACCAAUGUUUAUCCAACAGUUGAAUUUUUCUUUGAAAAUGGUAACAUUGCGGGUGAAAAUUUCGUGUCCUUCAAAUUGAACAACCGUCAAUUACUCAUCACACCACAUGAGGGAAUAGUUUGUCUAUCGUUUGCAGAAGCAAAAAAUUCUGCACUUACUGUUAUUGGCACCAACCAUCUCCAAGGAACUCUGUUAACGUAUAAUUUGGUUGAUGAUAUUAUUAUCUUCACAUGUAAUAAAUGUUAG